AUGCUAACCUCUCCCUUAUACUACCUACCGGUUAAGGGCGCCUAUUAUACCGUCCUAAUACCUAAGUUCUCUAUACUAGCUACCUUCGCCCCUGCCCUAGCCUAUACAAAUGAGAAUAUAUCGACUUUAGUUAAUACUAAUGCUACCCUUAUUGCCCACGUCCUAGGCACCCUGUUACCCGCCUCCUAUACCCGCUUAAGCGCCUCUAUAUACCCCGUACCUAUGCCGAUUAACUUCGGCCGUUCCUACGCCCGCCGCUCUUCCUUGCCUGCCGAGUGUAUAAUAUACCUAGUCCGCGACCGUGACGACCCUACCCUUACCACUAUAACCAUUGUUUUAGAGGGAGAGGAUAAAGAAGAGAAGGUCGUAAAGUACGUCUAUAACGCGGUCGUGACGUGUCCGUGA